UCUGCAUCUCCUUCUUGGCCAUCCUGCGCGCAUCCCCUCCAUCCCACCGCCACAACCCUAGAUACCACAUACACCAUGUCCGACCUCAAGGAACCCGGUUUCAAGGUGCGUUCACACCGCUGUCGUCACCCUGCACGUCCUUGACAUUCUCCAGACCAGCGACGUCCUCGCCUCUCUGUCUGAGGUUUUUGAAAAAAUGCCCGAGGCGGAAAAGAAGAGUCAGAUCAAAAAGACCAACGGCGUUUUCCAGCUCAAUGUCAAGAACACUCAGGGAAAUGAAGCUAUCUGGGUGAUCGAUUUGAAGAACGAAGGCAAAGUUUCGAAAGGUUCAGCCAAAAAGCCUGACGUUACCAUCACCCUCAGCGACGAUACCUUUAUGGGUUUGGCGGAUGGCAAGGUCAAUGCCCAGAAGGCGUUUAUGACUGGCAGCUUGAAAGUCAAGGGAAAUGUCAUGCUCGCUACCAAGCUUGAUGGUGUUCUCAAGAGCGCCAAGGCAAAGCUGUGAUAGAACGCAUAUCACUUUCUUGAUCGCCCGCGUGUACUUAUAUCACUUCUCUCAAGCCCUAUCAUCCCGGUGUAGACCUUUUUGUAACGUUGUAACCUGUCGAAUUUCCUGUACAAAGUGGCGAAUGAUGCACGUCUGAUUCUUGGUCAAGA